GCCGGAGGGACGAGCGGACGUUACUCUACGGCCCCCCAGUAACGUCGAGCGAGGGGAGGGGACUACCCACUUUUCAAAUCCAGACGGACGAACGACGCUUCGGCUCCUCCGCCGGCCCUUUUUUUCUUUUCACUCCAAGCACACACACACAACUAUCGAAAACGUUUCUUCAUUCCGGAUCACAGGCAGGAUGACAAUCGAGGUAGAAGGAAUCGACCACAAGAGCCUGCCGGAGGACGGCAUUGAAGAGAUAUGCAAAGAAGAAGUGGAGGAAGACCUCAAGAAUGGUGACCUGAAACCUAUCGACGGUGUUCCCAUAACGGACGACGACGACAAGAUAGAGACCGAUAAAGUCGAGACAGAAGAAGCCCCCAAGGACGAAGUUCUUGACAUUGACCAGGAAGAGGAGGAGGGGGAGGAGGAGCCCAAAAAGGAGUCGCGUCUGCUGAAGAUUGCCCCUCCAAAGUUCUGGGAGAAAUGGUUCAAGAAAAGUGAGCCUCCAACGGAAGCCAGCAACGGUCCCGUAGAUGAAACAGAAAUGGUCGAGAAACAAGAAGACAAACCCGAUUCGUGUGAACCUGAAAAGACGGACAUCGAAGAGAAACAGGAAGAGGACGCGAAGACGGACGAAAAGUCCUCCGCCGAGGUGACCAUCCCCGUAGGAGAUACAGAAACCACCACAGAGAACCUCAAGGAACCUGAGGAAGACAAGACCCUCGAGAAGGCGGUUCUGCGUGACCGCAUUGCCAUGUACCGCAGCAAAGGGUAUAUACUCGCGGGCGUUGCAGUGGGGUUGCUGGUCCUUGUCACCAUCAUUUUAGUGGGUACCGCAUUGACAGGAAAUGGUCUCGCUUUCGAAGAGGACUGGAACACGCCCGUGGCAGUCACCGAAUGUGGUCCCGUCGAGGGACACUUCGAGGACGGUGCCGUUGUCUUCAGAGGCAUUCCGUACGCACUCCCGCCGACGGGCGACCGUCGUUGGAAGCCGCCGCUGCCCUUCCAGAAGCUGGAGGACUGCUGGGUCGGAACGCGCCAGGUCCACGAGUUUGGACCUCACUGCUACCAAAGGGAAGUUCCUGGAAUGAAGUUGAACAUGAGCGAGGACUGCCUUACGCUGAACGUGUACAGCCCGUCGUUGUCUCGGCGUCGACAGCGUCCCGUUGUGGUGUACAUUCCGGGCAGCUCCCUGAUGGGAGUGAGCGAGUCCGAUCUGGGUCUGUACCCGUCGCCCAAGAUGAGCAAAGACAGGGACGUGGUCUUCGUGACGUUCAACUUCAGACGGAACGCCUUUGGUUUCAUGGCGCUCGACGAAUUGGCGAAGACCGCCCAUCCGCCGACGUCCGGGAACUACGGCCUCCAGGACCAAGUGGCGGUUCUCAAAUGGGUGCAGCGGAACAUUCAACAAUUUAACGGCGAUCCCAACAAGGUGACACUCCUCGGUCACGGAGCUGGUGCAACAUCUGCUCUUCUCCUUAUGGCAUCGGAACUUUCAAAGGGUCUCUUCAGCAAGGUCUGGGUCACUGGACCUUCAGUGAGUUUCACAAACAAGACCUUGGCCGAUGUAGCUAUAGACAACGAGGAGUUCCUACGCAAACUAGACUGCGAGAGUCUCUCCUGUCUAAAAGAAAAGUCUGCCGCGGAAGUGUUGUCAGCUGUUCCGAAGUCAUGGUACAACCAUCAAUUCCAUCACUUGCCAAGCACAGAGGAACCAGAUAGCCGUAGCUUGGCUUUUGUUGAUGGCUACUUUCUGAAAAAUUCUGUCAAUGAACUAUGGAGCACCGGAGAACACAACACAAUCCCCAUUGUGAUCGGUUCUAACCUGCAAGAAUACGCGAUGGAAAACGUGCUGCGCCAGAAUGCAGACGCUGCUGAAGUGUCAAAGUAUGUCAGAGACAAGCUUGACACCAUAGACCAGAGGCUGGCGGAAGAUGCUUUGGAGUUUUACAUCAGCAACAACACUGUGCCAUCAAAACAGCUUCACACUAUGAUCUCGGACGUGCGAGUCACUUGCCCAUUGCAAGUGUUGACCCGUGACCUCCUCAACGCAACAGGAGGCGGCGCACAUUUUUACAUCGUGGACCAACCGCUGAGCUCUCCAGUCACCCUGUCCUCCGCCAAGAAAGCCACGACGCUGUCUGCCCACGGCUUGGACGUCGCGGCCAUCCUGGGACAGCUGGACCGCUACCUUCCCAACGCGACACGCUCAGAUAGACAGUUCCAGCACAACCUCCAGGAACUGUUCUACACGUUCGUGCACAGCGGAACGCCCUCCCUUGGCUCGCAACCGCUCAAGGAGACGCCCUUCACAAAUUACGUGGGCGAGAGCGUUCGUAGUCGCUCUUCCCAGCACGAAUCGUGCGACCUUUGGAAACGGUACGACGUUCUCUCCAAGUAUGCCAAAAAAGAUUGAGGUUGCUAUUGGGUAGCGUGAGAAAUGCGCCGAAACUACUUAAAAGUAAGGAGGUUAUUUUUUUUUUAAACUUUUUUCGCUGCCCACCACAGAAAAAUCUCUAUGGGGGGGAGAGUUGUAUUUCCCUCCGCAGCCAUUACUUUUGAAAAUGGUGGAGAAAAUGUUACCAUUGGCAUCUAACACUUGCAGUGAACGCGAGCCCAAAAAUUUAUUUGAUUUCUACAAACGCCAUUGCAUAUAAGUCAUUUUCUCAGCUACACACAGAGUCAUCGAGAGCGACGGCACUGGAGCACAGUCUCUUUGUAGCCAGUGUUUAAGACUGAUCUCUUGAGUGGCUGGAAGUCGUACAUUCACUCUCAGUGUUACAUGCCAUGUUGUAGGAUUUCUCUAUCGACAUUUUUGUUCUAUCUCUGUGAGAUACGUCACUCUUAAUCGACAGGUGAUGCAGAUCGCGUCCACCUCGUUUUAAUGGACCGGGCUGCACGAGCCAGUUAGGUCUGCACGUCACGAGCUGUACGUCAGUUAAAUUGUAAGCUAUGGUGUCAUUCAACAGGGGUGUUCCGUCACUGGAGCUUUCUUGUGCCAGGCAUUCCAUCAAACUGUACCGUACAAGCUGAACAACCAUGGUUUACACCCACUGUAAACGAUGCAUGAAGAUCUGUUUUGGAACAAUCUAUUUAACUAAUUGUAAUCUCAUUCUAAGCGGUUUUGAACGUUCCUGGGGGCAUUUCUCAAUGUACAUAAAAUUAACUAGAAUAUCACGAUCAGAGGGCUACAUGCUUCAGUAAAAUCGUGCACACUUUACGCUAAAGGCUGCACAAGCACAGCUGUGUAGAGUGUAAGUGCUGUGGCCAGGACUGUAAUACACGCUGUUGCUCCAUAUAAAACCCAUUCUUUUAAUACAAAAAUGGUAUUGAAAUGAGGUGCCGUACAUCCAGCAUAACUGAAACAAAACCUGCACCUACUUAUAGGAUUUUCUAGUGAGUAUUUAUCGACGGUGAAAUGUGUAUUGGCGAGGACACCUUCUACACGGCUCGUCAUUUUCUGCACUAGGAUCUCCACUCAAUGUACGCCACCUUAGUUUCCAAUCGCCCCGCCAUGAAAAAUACUCAUUUUUACGAAUCUCAUUGUGCCUUUUAAUUUAAAGCUUCACCCGCGCAACAGCGGGAGACACUUCAUCGAUUCGUCAUCAUCGUGUGUCCGUUGUAUCAUUCGUUCACCAUCGUCAGUUUUUUUGUAUACAUUUUAUAGUGAUCUUUUUUGUGCUGCUUGGAUAACUGUGGGGCUUCUAGGGAAAUGUCUGCUUCGAAAGCAGAACAAAUUACGUCGCCUGGAGUCCUCUACCCCACAAAGUCACUUUUUUUACGUAUGUACUCCGUAAAAAUGAAAUAAAGUAUCUUUUCAAA